GCUCGCGCCGCCGUCCGGGCAGCGUGCAGAGCUCUGCGGGCGCGGAGCGAGGGAGCGGCGCCCGGCGGGGGCGCACCCGGGAACGCGGGACUCUCGGGCGGGCGGCGUGGGCGGCGGACCCCGGCGGGUGCGCGGGGCGGGAGCUGCGGCGGGCGUUGCGCCCCGGGCUCUGCCUCCCCGGCACUUGCCUGGUUCUUGCGCGCUCCUGGCAGCCGCCCCGCCGCUGACAUACAGUAGCGGGGACACCCGACGCCGCUAGCGACAAGCGCGUCCCUGAGGGACACUGCACUUGGGAACUCCGGCGCGACGGGCCAGGAAAGGAAAGGAAAUGUUCAAACUGGAUUUCUAAGUCAUUUCAAGUCAGUGAUGGAUCAGAAGUUGCAACCCCAAAUGGCAGUCUUCAAAAGAAUUGCUUUAAAUAACAGAGGAAAGAAAAUUGAUCUACCACUCUAAAAACCUGAUCUAGAAAAACAUUGCACAUGACAGGAAGUAAAAACUAGGGAAAUUCAUCUGGCUUUUAGUGUACCUGAGUCAAAGGAACUGUCUCUUUGUUUCUCAGAGGAAUUUUACAUCUGAGACCAUUUUAAUAACCAACCGUUUUAUCUUGACAUGAUCCCCAGGGAGGAGAAACAGAGCUGUAGGUAAAGCCUGUGUGCUGGUCAAGAUGACUUCUGAAGAAAUGGCAGCUUCUGUUCUCGUACCUGUAACUCAGAGAAAAGAGGUGUCUUCAAAAUCUGCUGUAGAUGAAACUAGUGAAAAGGUCUCGGACGUCAGUGUUCCAAAAACACACACUUUCAGGCAGAGUGGGCAGACUUCUCAUACCAUCUCAAAACUGAACAAACUUAAAGAAGAAUCUUCUGGAAGCAACUUGUCUAAGAUUCUCUCAAUCUCAAGAGAGAAAAUAAUGAGUGAUGAGAACUGUAAUGAAAAGUGCUGGGAGAAAAGCGUGCCACAUUCUGUGGAAAACCUUAACUGCAACAUCAUAUUGGAAAAUGAUCUGCGUGGUCUUCCUCAGAGCCAGUUUUAUGAAACAUGUGACUCUGUCACAGAGGAAACUGGAAUUUCUUCUUCACUGGAAAGAAAAGUGUUCCCUGGAAUUCAACUGGAAAUAGAUGAACCUCCCAUGGCCGUUAGUCCCUUAGGAAAUCAGUCGGCGAUCACAGAGACUGGUAGGGCACACCCCGAGAGCAAAGUGGAGCUAUUUCACUUUCAAUACAAACUUGACAGAAGAAUGCCAGAUACUUUCUGUACCCUAUCAGAUAACUUGAUUUUGGAUGAUUGUGGAAACUGUGUUCCGCUGCCUGAUGUUGGUGGGGAACAAAAGAAAAAUUAUAUGGCAUAUACUUGUAAACUAGUACAGUUGGCAAAAAGCUGUGAUAAUGAGAAUGGGCAGCUACAGUGUGAUCAUUGUGAUACCUUGAAUGAUGAAUACUUGUGCUGCGAAGGUUCCUGCCAAAAGGCCAGUGUGGUACGUUCCAGUGACAGCUUUUGCAGGGAGAAUUUUACUGAUAGUACAUCUUCCAAGACCUUUCUGAGCCAUUUUGAAGACUUCCCUGAUAAUUGUGAAGAUGUAGAAGAUUUGCUGAGAAGUAAAAAGGAGCGGUCCACUUUGCUAGUGAGAAGAUUUUGUAAAAAUGACAGGGAAGUUAAGAAAUCUGUGUAUACUGGGACAAGGGCAAUUGUGAGAACUCUACCUUCUGGUCACAUUGGACUGGCAGCUUGGAGUUACAUUGAUAUGAAGAAAAGUGGUCUCUUAUUGCCUUGUGGGAGAGUAACGGGCCAGCUGUCAACAGUGGUGGUCAGGCAAGAUGGAAGCCAAAGUCUGCCAGAAGCCCAGUGGUAUUCGAUCUACAAUGCAGUGAGAAGGGGAGAAGAAGCAGAAGAUACAAUUGGAUCUCUUCUUCAUUUCUUCACAAAGCUCCCAGUCUCUGAGACAGCCCCUGAAAGGAUUAACGUUGGUCCCUGCUUAAAGCAAUGUGUCCGAGACACCGUAUGUGAGUAUCGGGCUACCCUCCAAAGGACUUCCAUAUCUCAAUACAUCACUGGUUCUCUCCUAGAAGCAACCACAUCUUUAGGAGCAAGAAGUGGCCUUCUCAGUACUUUUGGAGGAUCCACCGGACGAAUGAUGCUGAAAGAACGCCAACCAGGCACCUCUAUGGCCAAUUCCAGUGGCCUCCCUUCAAGUUCAGCUGGGAUCAGCAAGGAACUGAUUGAUCUGCAGCCCCUCAUCCAGUUUCCUGAGGAAGUUGCCAGUAUCCUGAUGGAGCAGGAGCAGAAUAUUUACCGAAGGGUCUUGCCAGUUGACUAUCUUUGCUUCUUGACCCAGAACUUGGGCACUCCGGAGUGUCAGAGGUCCCUGCCCUGCCUCAAAGCAUCCAUCUCAGCAUCCAUUCUUAACUCCCAGAAUGGAGAGCACAAUGCCCUUGAAGAUCUUGUAAUGAGAUUUAAUGAGGUGAGCUCCUGGGUGACAUGGCUGAUCCUCACGGCGGGCUCCAUGGAGGAGAAGCGGGAGGUCUUCUCAUACUUGGUGCAUGUGGCCAAAUGCUGCUGGAACAUGGGCAACUACAACACUGUCAUGGAGUUCUUGGCUGGCCUCAGAUCAAGAAAAGUUUUAAAGAUGUGGCAGUUCAUGGACCAGUCUGACCUGGAGACCAUGAGAAGCCUGAAGGACGCCAUGGCUCAGCACGAGUCCUCCUGCGAGUACAAGAAGGUGGUGACUCGGGCGCUGCACAUCCCUGGCUGUAAGGUGGUUCCGUUUUGCGGGGUGUUUCUGAAGGAGCUCUGCGAGGUACUAGAUGGAGCCUCCGGCCUGGUGAAGCUCUGCCCAAGAUACAAUUCCCAAGAGGAAGCUCUAGAGUUUGUAGCUGACUACAGUGGACAAGAUAAUUUUUUACAACGUGUGGGACAAAAUGGCUUAAAGAAUUCGGAGAAAGAGUCCACCGUCAACAGCAUCUUCCAGGUCAUCAGGAGCUGCACCCGGAGUCUGGAGACGGAGGACGAGGACAGUGCCAGCGAAGGGAACAGCUCAAGGAAAAACUCCUUGAAGGAUAAAGCUCGAUGCCAGUUUAUAAUUGGAGAUUUGCUGGAUACAGAAAAUGACAUCUUUGAGCAGCCCAAAGAAUGGGACCCUCAUGGACUAGAAGAGCCACAGAAGGCCUUCGACCAUGGGACGGAGCUCAUCCCGUGGUACGUCCUGUCCGUCCGAGCUGAUGUGCACCAGUUCCUGCUGCAGGGGGCCACAGUUAUCCACUAUGACCAGGACACACACCUCUCGGCCCGCUGCUUCCUCCAGCUCCAGCCUGACAAUAGCACCUUGACCUGGAUAAAGCCCACCACUGCCUCCCCAGCCAGUGCUAAAGCAAAACUUGGUGUGCUUAGUAACACAUCUGAACCUGGCAAAUUCCCAUUAUUGGGCAACGCUGGAUUAAGUGGCCUGGUGGAGGGGGUCUUGGAUCUGUUUUCAGCAAAGGCUGUGUACACGGGACACCCUAGCAUUGAUAUACACACUGUGUGUGUUCAGAACAAACUGAGUAAUGUGUUUCUCUCAGAGACCGGAGUGACACUGCUCUAUGGGCUUCAGACCACUGACAAUAGAUUAUUGCACUUUGUGGCACCGAAGCACACAGCUAAGAUGCUCUUCAGCGGGUUGUUGGAACUCACUAGAGCUGUGAGAAAGAUGAGGAAGUUCCCUGACCAAAGACAACAGUGGCUGCGGAAACAAUACGUCAGCCUCUAUCAGGAGGAUGGACGGUAUGAAGGCCCAACUUUGGCUCACGCUGUGGAGCUGUUUGGUGGCAGACGGUGGAGUACCCGAAACCCUAGCCCUGGGACAUCUGCAAAGAGCGCCGAGAAGCCCAACAUGCAGAGGAACAACACCUUGGGCAUCAGCACCACCAAGAAAAAGAAGAAAAUCCUCAUGAGGGGGGAGAGCGGAGAGGCGACCGACGAUGAGAUGGCCACUCGAAAGACCAAAGUGCACAAAGAGUGUCGCAGCUGGAGCGGUUCUGACCCUCAAGACAUUAAUGAACAAGAAGAAUCAGAGGCGAAUGCCAUCACAAGCCCGCCUAACCUUCUCCCUUCCAGAAGAGCCCACUCUCUGACCACGGCUGGGUCCCCUAACUUGGCUGCUGGGACGCCAUCUCCCAUCAGGCCAGUGUCCUCCCCUGUGCUGUCUUCAAACAAGAGCCCGUCCAGUGCUUGGAGCAGCAGCAGCUGGCACGGGCGCAUCAAAGGAGGAAUGAGAGGCUUUCAGAGCUUCAUGGUUUCCGACAGUAACAUGAGUUUCGUUGAAUUUGUUGAGCUGUUCAAAUCCUUCAGUGUAAGGAGCCGCAAAGACCUGAAAGAUCUCUUUGACCUCUACGCUGUGCCCUGCAACCGACUGGGCUCUGAGUCAGCCCCACUCUACACCAACCUAACCAUUGACGAAAACACCAGCGGUCUUCAGCCUGACCUAGAUUUGUUGACAAGAAAUGUCUCGGAUUUGGGGUUGUUCAUUAAGAGUAAACAGCAGCUGUCAGACAGCCAGAGGCAGAUCUCUGAUGCCAUUGCUGCUGCAAGCAUCGUGACAAAUGGCACUGGGGUCGAGACCACAUCCCUGGGCAUAUUUGGGGUUGGCAUACUUCAGCUCAACGACUUUCUAGUGAAUUGCCAAGGAGAACACUGCACUUAUGAUGAAAUCCUCAGCAUCAUCCAGAAGUUUGAGCCUAGCAUUAGUAUGUGUCACCAGGGCCUAAUGUCAUUUGAAGGAUUUGCAAGGUUUCUGAUGGAUAAAGAUAAUUUUGCAUCAAAAAAUGAUGAAUCACAGGAGAACAUUAAAGAAUUGCAGCUGCCCCUGUCCUACUAUUACAUUGAAUCUUCACACAAUACCUACCUCACAGGCCAUCAGCUCAAAGGAGAAUCCUCAGUUGAACUCUAUAGCCAGGUCCUCCUGCAAGGCUGCAGGAGUGUCGAGUUGGACUGCUGGGAUGGAGAUGAUGGCAUGCCCAUCAUUUAUCAUGGACACACACUGACAACCAAGAUCCCCUUCAAGGAAGUGGUCGAAGCCAUUGAUCGCAGUGCCUUCAUCAACUCUGACCUGCCAAUCAUCAUAUCGAUUGAGAACCACUGUUCAUUGCCUCAGCAACGAAAAAUGGCAGAAAUUUUCAAGACUGUGUUUGGAGAAAAACUGGUGGCUAAAUUCUUAUUUGAGAGUGACUUCUCAGAUGAUCCCAUGCUUCCUUCACCUGACCAACUUAGAAGAAAGGUGCUUCUUAAAAAUAAAAAGCUAAAAGCUCAUCAGACGCCGGUGGAUAUCUUAAAGCAAAAGGCUCAUCAGUUAGCAUCCAUGCAAGCUCAGGCCUAUAAUGGUGGGAAUGCCAACCCCCCACCUGCUAAUAACGAGGAGGAGGAAGAUGAAGAGGACGAGUAUGAUUAUGAUUAUGAAUCCCUCUCUGAUGACAACAUUCUAGAAGACAGACCUGAAAAUAAAUCAUGUAACGACAAGCUUCAGUUUGAGUAUAGUGAAGAAAUCCCCAAGAGGAUAAAGAAAGCAGAUAACUCUGCUUGCAGCAAAGGAAAGGUAUAUGACAUGGAGCUGGGAGAAGAAUUUCAUCUUCCUCAGAAUAAAAAGGAAAGCAGACAGAUUGCACCCGAGCUUUCUGACCUUGUCAUCUAUUGUCAAGCAGUAAAAUUUCCAGGCCUGUCAACUCUAAAUGCAUCUGGCUCUAGCAGAGGAAAAGAAAGAAAAAGCAGGAAGUCCAUUUUUGGCAACAAUCCGGGCAGAAUGAGCCCUGGGGAGACAGCAUCGUUUAACAAAACAUCUGGAAAAAGUUCCUGUGAAGGAAUGCGACAGGCCUGGGAGGAAUCUUCUUCCCCCCUCAGCCCAACCACGUCCCUCAGCGCUAUCAUUAGAACUCCCAAAUGUUACCAUAUCUCAUCGCUGAAUGAAAAUGCCGCCAAACGUCUGUGUCGCAGGUAUUCUCAGAAACUGAUCCAGCACACCACCUGUCAGCUGCUCAGGACCUAUCCGGCCGCCACCCGCAUCGACUCGUCCAACCCCAACCCCCUCAUGUUCUGGCUGCAUGGGAUACAGCUCGUGGCACUGAACUACCAGACUGAUGAUCUCCCUUUGCACUUAAAUGCUGCCAUGUUCGAGGCCAAUGGUGGCUGUGGCUAUGUUUUGAAACCCCCAGUUCUGUGGGACAAGAACUGUCCCAUGUACCAGAAGUUUUCUCCCUUGGAAAGAGACCUGGACAACAUGGAGCCCACCGUCUACUCUUUAACUGUUGUCUCUGGUCAGAAUGUGUGCCCAAGUAACAGCACGGGAAGCCCGUGUAUCGAGGUUGACGUCCUGGGCAUGCCGCUGGACAGCUGCCACUUCCGCACGAAGCCCAUCCAUCGAAACACUCUGAACCCCAUGUGGAAUGAGCAGUUCUUCUUCCGGGUUUACUUCGAAGACCUUGUGUUCCUUCGUUUUGCAGUCGUGGAAAACAAUAGUUCAGCAGUCACUGCUCAGAGAAUCAUUCCACUCAAGGCUUUAAAACGAGGAUAUCGGCAUCUCCAGCUGAGAAAUCUCCACAAUGAAGUCCUAGAAAUCUCUAGUUUGUUCAUAAACAGCAGAAGGAUGGAAGAAAACUCCUCUGGCAGUACUGUGCCAGCCUCUUUGAUGUUUACUACAGAAGAAAGAAAAUGUUUUCAGACUCACAGAGUCACGGUACAUGGGGUCCCAGGCCCAGAACCCUUUACUGUUUUCUCUAUAAAUGGAGGCACCAGGGCAAAGCAGCUUCUCCAACAAAUUCUAACCUCUGAACAAGACACCAGACCUAUUGCCACAGACUAUUUUUUGAUGGAAGAAAAAUAUUUUAUAUCUAAAGAAAAGAAUGAAUGCAGAAAACAACCGUUCCAGAGAGCCGUUGGUCCAGAAGAAGAGAUCGUGCAGAUUUUAAACAGCUGGUUUCCAGAAGAGGGCUAUGUUGGCAGGAUUGUCUUGAAAACCCAGCAGGAAAACGUAGAAGAGAAAAGCAUUGUUCAAGAUGACAAAGAGGUGAUCUUGACCUCGGAGGAGGAGAGUUUCUUUGUCCAAGUGCAUGACGUUUCCCCAGAGCAACCUCGAACCGUCAUCAAAGCUCCCCGUGUCAGCACGGCGCAGGAUGUCAUUCAGCAGACCUUAUGCAAAGCCAAGUACUCCUAUAGCAUUCUGAGCAACCCCAACCCGAGUGACUACGUACUUCUGGAAGAGGUGGUGAAAGACACAGCCAACAAGAAGUCUUCCACCCCCAAGUCCUCCCAGCGGGUCCUUUUGGAUCAGGAGUGUGUGUUUCAAGCCCAAAGCAAGUGGAAAGGUGCAGGGAAAUUCAUCCUUAAGCUAAAGGAGCAGGUGCAGGCAUCCCGAGAAGACAAAAGGAAAGGCAUUUCUUUUGCAAGUGAACUCAAGAAGCUCACCAAGUCCACGAAACAGCCCCGAGGACUCACAUCACCUUCUCAGGUCUUGACCUCAGAAAGUGUCCAAAACAAGGAAGAGAAACCUGUAGGCAGCUUGUCCUCCAGCGACGUGACGGACUACCAACAAUGACCGUGGGGAGCACAUUAACCAGGAAACUGGUGAUUUCUGGACUGAAGCUUUCUUCACACACGAUGUGAGGUCCACACUGGGGACAAGCAAAAUGACACAGGGCUAACGAGCUACCGUCUUCCUGAUGAAGGAAGCAAAGGAGCCCAGGAGAUUCCAUCUUACAGAUGUCAACAGUUGUUUAAAUAAAUAAAUAUAUAUAUAUGUCCAGACAGUAUCCAGCCAUGUAACAUAAGAGAGACAUUUAUCAAAGAAAAUACCAGACACAGGAACAUUGUAAGUAGGACAAUGAUGCCUCAGUCCCCUUCAAAGUAGGGACCUUGCAGUUCCAGUCGCCAUCAGCUUCCCUGUUGUCUUUUCCUGAAUCUCACUGAUGGUCUAAAGUCUCUUCCCUUUCAAAGGUGAUUUUAGUUUUGGGAAAAGCCAGAAGCUGCACGGCACCAAAUCUGGGCUGUGGGGACUGAGUCACCUGGGUGAUUUGAUGUUUUGCCAAAAAUCUCUGCACAAGAUGUGAUGCAUGAGUGGGUGUGUUAUCAUGAUGAAGCUGCCAAUCACCAGUUGCCCAUAGCCGCAGCCUUCUGAGUCAUCUGAAUAGUUUCUGCAAGAAUGUUAAGGCUUAAUGCAAAAUUUGAUGCAGAUUCAUUGCCCUACCCGCUCAAUCUUUUUUAAUACAAUGGUCACUCAGUACACGUGCUCACUCAAUGGCAUCUACUGCCUCCACUUACUAGCACAGUGAAGUCGUCAUUGUUCACAUAUGUGCAUUCCAGUCUACUCUCCUUGGCUACCAGAUUUCAUCAAUGUUGUGCAAACCAUUCUCAUUAUAUUAACAAUGACUGGACUUUUUCCAGACAAACCAUUAUAUACAUAUUAAGCUUGCAAAAAUUGACCUAGAAACAGGCAUAGCAAACAUUAUAUGUAAAGGGCCAGACAGUAAAUAUUUUCGAGCUUUAUGGCCCAUCUGGUCUCCGUUGUAACUGUUUAGCUCAGUGGUCACAGUGCAAAAUCAGCCACAGACAACACGUAGAUGAAAGAGUAUGGCUGGGUUCCAAUAAAACUGUCCACAGAUGCUGAAAUUGGAAUUACAUCAUUCCAUGUCACAAUGUUCCCUUUUUUCACAAUCACAGAAAAAUGUAAAAAUUAUUCUUAGUUCAAGAGCCAUACAAAAACAGGUGGCAGGCUGGACUUGACCCAUGGGCCAGUCUGCUCACCUAACGUAGAAAACUGGGAGCAAGCUGGUUUAGUCAUACAGUUUAUGGCUGGGAGUUGGAAGCUUUGGGGCACAGCAGAUGUAAGUACGUCCUACAGGGUUCAUUUGAGAGGAAUUCAGUUUAGUUUCCAUGUUGUGUACCAUAAUGUACUCUUCUUUAGGAUUUUUCACAUAUCCUAAAUGUUGGGGUGUUUUCCCUUGGAAGUUUAUCGCCUGUAUAUUCACAGAUUAGUCCACUUUUGGUUUUCACAAAAUUGAUUUAGAAUGAUGUGUAAUUUAAUAUCUAUGAGUUGUGAUGUCUUAAGAAACUUAACCAUUUUUUUAAAAGCAAAAGUAGAUUGAGUUGGUGUUUAUUUAUUUUGCAAGGUUUGUACUGACACUGUACUCAUGUAUUUAUUAUACAUAGCUUUCUUGAUAGCACUUGUGGAUUAGAAGCAUUAGUGAUUCUCACUAUUUGAAGACAAGUCUAAAAAGAAAAUGUAUGCUCUGAAUAUGUGAAGUGGACCAGAAUUUCAUGUGUAAAAGCUUCAUUUUCAUUUCUGAUUAACUUAAGAGCUAUUGAUCCAAGUCAUACUUGCUACUUAAGGUAAAUUAUUUUUAAAACCUUGGUGUGUAAAACCAUCACGUACAUGUAAAGGAUUCUUCUUAUUCUGUGUAAGAAGCAAAUUACAACUUUUAAAAUGAAAUGUGUGUUCCCUUAAAGUAAAAUUCAAAUUUUAUCACUAAAAUAGACAUUUCUUCUUAAAAUUAUAAAACACACUAAAAAUCCUAAACUGUUUUGAAAGUUGUGGGUUAUUUUUACCUAUUAUAAAAGAGAAUAAAGUGAUCCCAAGCCCUUCACAGAUUCUAGAAACAGAAGUGUUAAAGAUAUGCUGCACAGCUUUCAUGUUAUUGUAAGUUCUGACUGACCUAGAGCCUUCAAGCUGGAAGAACCUCCAUUUGGUUUCUCAGCAGAAUUCAGGCUCUUCUAGUUUGGUGUUUGUACAGAGCUACAGGUCGCUUUUGAAACCAAAUGAUCAGCCUAUAACAAAUGCACAAUGCUGGCCAUUUUUUAAAAAUCCAUUCCAGAGGUACUUUCUCAAACUUUUAUAAAUCAAUUAGGUGUUUACCCCUCUCGGGUUUGGCUAACCAACCACGAAUUGAAAAGUGAGUUCCUGGCCUACCUGGCUGUAGCUGAGUAAAGACUGCAGUGAUGAAAGGAAAAGCGAAACCGGCCUCCCUUGGUUUAUCAUCUGGCCUUGACUUUCAACUGCACUCCACCCCACCGCCUUGCCUUUUUAACGUAGUUGAUGUGGCUGCAGCACACCACGAGACUGAGUGUGAGGCUGGGUUGCACCGAGUAUGUGACCUGCGUUGCAACUCAACUUGGUCAUUCAUUCCACUUGGAGUUGAAAGUACAUCCCUAGUUGUAUUUGAGUCACUGGGAUUUUAGAAAGAAAACAUUACUCGAAAAUGUAAAAGGUCUACUCUGCUAGUACAACUAACCAGCAGAAAGAAACCUGGUAUUUGCCAAAAACAUGAGAUUUUAAUUUAUGGCUUAUCUGAAUUAUACAGCUAUAUUAGUAUACCAAAUGAAACUGUCCUGUUGUUUAGAAUGCAUCUAUAAUAGCCACCCAAACUAUAACCAUUACCACUUCAUACUUUCCAGACUACUAAAAAUCUGGGUAGCAGACUUUUACAAGUAAAGUUGAUAUGGAAAAGAAUCCAAAUAUGCAACCUGGGUUUAUUACAAGAUUUGAGGAAGAAAUAUUUUAAGUGGCUUCACUGAAAACAAAAGGAAAAGAGCAUGAAUUCACUCUUGGUUAGGCAAUGCCAACUGUUAAGAAAAGUCGUAGCUGGCAAGAAAGAAUUCAAGUGGAAACCCACCAUGCACUGAUGAUGGAAGAAACAGAUAAACUUCCUCAGUCACCUGUGCAUCCGAAAUUGGCCGCUUUGCAAAAUGGAAAAUUAUACAAGGGUGGUAAGGAAUCGGGAGUAAGUUUGGACAAAUCUGUAGGAGGUAACACUAUUUGGGCAGGAAGGGUCCCCUGGGAGAACACCUCUUCAUGUCAUCCUUAGUAAAAGUUACUUGUAAUUUCUCCUUUGGAGGGUAAACAUGGGGCCUAGACUUAACAAAUGAGUUACCCGUGCUCUGUUUUUAAUCAAAUUUGCUCUCAUACAAAGGUCUCCCAUCACCAUAGCUCCGAAGGCUCUGGCGGCUCAUUAAUGAAAGUGGGCCUCUUAUAUGGUCACUUCCCCUUGCUUUGUUCUCUCCCUUUGUCUCUAUUAACUUCCUCUCCUCUCCCCAGACUCCCACAGGCCUUGUUUAAUUCUGAAAAGUAAUCAGAGCUUGUAUAUUGGCCUGGUAAACUUGAAUUAACUCUAAAAACACAAAGCCCCGGAAGCUCGGCUCCCACGCCCAUAGAAUAGGACAGGUUUUCCCGGUUACCGUCCGAUUUCACGCUUGGCAGGUGACAUGCAGCCUGGAGGGGGAGGGCUCUCUAGAUGGCUGCCUCAGGCUCCUUUCAGCUGUUCACCACAUCAGCAGCGAGGCAAGAGGUGAGCCCAGGGGCCCUUCCCAAAGUUUUUAGAGAAGGAAAAUGGCCUCACACACAGCCCGUACUUGGGCCAACAUUUCCGUGACAGUGCUUGUUAACGUGUGUGUUCUCUGCCAUCCCCACGCAUCAGCUUCCGCAGAGCAAUCCUUGACCAGUGAGUGGUUCAGUACUCUGGCACAGGAGUACCUGCAAUGAAUGUCUGUCAAAUAUCUGCUGAAUCUCCAUGAUUAUCAGACUAUUCACAGACGUCUCUUAGAUACAAACCAUACUAUGCUCAAGGCUGCCAUCAAGCAAGCGUCUGAAACCUCCUCUAUUUCCGAUUACACAGGUCUCCAAACAACUCACUCUGAUGCUGUUAGGUAAUGUAUUUUUUUCAGUGUGGGCGAAUGACUUAACUCAGCUUUCAAGACCACGGAAGACUGAGGCUGUGAAUCUUACUCCCCAUCAUUACCCCACUUCACUUGUAAGUGCCUAGCACAGUGCAAAGCACAUAGUAGGUGCUCUGUAUUUGUCUAGUUUAAAAAAUAGGGCUGUAGCUCAGUGUAGCCUCAGGGCAUGUCUGUGUGUGUCUGUGUUAUUACUGAUGGCUACCAUUACUCCAUUCUGAAAAUGAAACUUAUGAAAAUGAGGCUAUAUACACUAAUGCUCAAAUUCAUAGAGGAUGUUCAAAAACUAGAUAUAUAACUUCAUGGUCCCACUGUGAUUCUCUAUAUAUGUAACAAGAAGGUUAAAAGCAUAAUGCAGGUGUGAAUUGGUUGAUGAAUUUCUAUUUUAAAAUUUAUUUUUCUUCUAAACUAUAGUUUCUAAUGCCAAAGUGAAAUAUAGACGUAUCUGUAUAUGUUUGGAAAAUAAAUGACGUGUGGCAUGUACUGGUGACUUGCCCUCCAUAAGAAAGACAUUCCUGACCCUUGUUUUAUAUCUAAAAGGUGGGUUAAGAACAAAUAUUUAUAUGCUGAGGCAUACAUUUCUCAUCAUUAAAUAAUCAAGCCUAAAAAAACUGGUCUUAGAAACACUUUUUAAAACACAUGUAAGAAUUUGCUGAAGAGAUUACAUCACUAUUAAAGCUGAUACUCCCCAUUCUGUUAGAAUAAUAAGGAAGCUUUCUGUUUUCAUUUACUUCAAGACAAAAAAAAAAAGCUUUAAGCUCUACUAGGCCAAAAUCACUGGCCUCUCUAGCUCUGAACCAGGACCAGGACUAUUUAGUUGGACUGCUGUGGACUG